AAAACACCAGCACUUCUCUUCUUUCUCUCAAUUGAUCCUCACUCUCUUGUAACUCGCAAUCUUCCAAAAUGUCUUUCAAAACCACGGCAACAAUCGCUUCCUUCGGCGGCAAGCUGCUCAAACUGACACAUGAAGCUCAAACCACCGGCUGCGAAAUGGCCCUGAACGUCUACCUCCCCCCCUCAGCUGGAAAGACCGCACAUAAGGUUCCCGUUCUGUUCUACCUCUCAGGACUCACCUGCACCGGCGACAACUGUGCUGAGAAAGGCUUUUUCCAGUACGGAGCCAGCCAAAGGGGAAUAGCAAUCGUCUACCCAGACACUUCACCUCGAGGUCUCAAAAUCCAAGGCGAAGAUGACUCCUACGACUUCGGCAGCGGCGCAGGCUUCUACAUCGACGCAACUGCCUCGCCGUGGUCCAAAAACUACAAAAUGGAAUCCUACAUCACCUCAGAGCUCCCCAAAGCGCUGUUCGCCUCGUUCCCCGAGCUAGACCCCUCCCGCGUUUCAAUUACAGGCCACAGCAUGGGCGGCCAUGGUGCUCUGACCCUCUUCCUUAAGAAUCCUGGGAUGUAUAAGAGCGUCAGUGCUUUUGCGCCGAUUGCGAACCCGAGCAAUUGUCCUUGGGGGGAGAAGGCUUUUAAGGGGUAUCUUGGGGAAGAUCGAGAGACGUGGAAGAAACAUGAUGCGAGCGAGUUGGUUAAGGGGUGUAAGGCGGGGACGUUUGAGGCGCUGAUUGAUGUUGGGACUGGGGAUAACUUUUAUAAGCAAGGUCAAUUGCUUCCUGAGAAUUUUGAGAAGGCGGCGAAGGAGAGUGGGAAUGAUAAAGGCUUGGUCUUGAGGUAUCAGGAUGCGAGUGGUUAUGACCACUCUUAUUAUUUUAUUUCGACAUUUUCGACGGAUCAUGUCAAUCACGCAGCAAAGUAUUUGUUCGCAGCAUGAAGCGACACUGCCUCGAGACAAAAGCUAUAGAAUGAAAUAUACAUCGAGGUGUCUUUCGUUCCUCGACCGC